GUUUGCCAGCCUGAAGAGUGAGGCUUGUUCGGGGCAGAACCUGGGGACUAAUGCAAUUGCGACGACAUCCAAUUCUGGAGCCACGCAGGAGCAAUCUCUGCAUUCAACCACGCCGAGCGAGCAAUAUCACCAUCCCCAAACCUGACGCUGCCCGGAUCGCACGAGAGCACACGACACCCCCCCACGGCAGCCUGGAAUUCUCAGUGAAUUAUAGAGGAGGCUAUAGAGCAGGCAAACAAUAGCCACCACGCACGGCGGGACGCAUGCAAUUUGUGUGACCAGGCGAGCGUCUUCUGUUUGAAUUAACCGACACAUCGACACUUUCGCUUCCUCCUCGACGACAAGCCUCCGCGUCACCCUCGUAUAUCCGUCUUGCUCCUGGUUUUAGGACUUUUGGAAUAGCAUCAGGUCGAAUUCCCGGUUGCGAGUAGCAACAGCCACAAGUUUACUGGCUUGGGAUUGCCGUAGCCCCGCAUCGCAUCGUUUUGCCUGCCCAGUCAACCCUAACGCACUCUGAGAUCUGUGAGCAUCAUGUCGAACGCCAGCCCCCUCGUGGCUUCACCUGCCGCGACGGCUCCCCGACCAGCUACACCGGCACCCAACGGAGUUCCGAGUCAACCGCCGCCUGCCGAUACCGUCCCCGUCGCGAAUGGCCAUGCUGCCCACACGCACGAGAACCGGCCCGCCCCCGCCCCGCCUUCGGCCGCUGCCAUGACGGGGAAGAAGGGGAAGCAGAAGAAGCCGGAGCCGACCGAGGCCUCGAAGCUUAUCGCCCAGCGCAUUUCCCAGCUCGAACUCGACGCCGCAGGAGAAAAGGAUCAGGAGGCCGAGAUUGAACGGGAAGUCAAGAAGGCCAACAGGGAGUUACACACCCAGACCUCUCGGAUGAACGACUUGCAAAAGAUUGAUCAUCUGACGAAGCGAUGUUCGGAUCUUCUGGCUGAGAUGAAACGCCACGAGCGAGAAAGCAUCAAGAACAAGAAGCGCGGCGACCAGCUCCAGAAGGAUAAGGACAACACUCGUACCGAGUUAAACAAGACCACGUCCCUGAAGGAGAAGCUAGAGAAACUCUGCCGGGAACUUCAAAAAGAGAACAACAAGCUUAAGAAUGAGAAUAAAACACUCAGCGAUACCCAAAUCCGCAGCCAACAGACAUGGGACGAAAGGUAUUCUGGGUUGCUCCGCAGGAUGGAUGACCAGCAGGAGGAGAAGGACAAUCCGCGCAAACAAGUGGUCGACAUGAAUACGGAAAAAUUGUAUGUGCGAACCUUUGCUCGUGGUUUUGAGCUCAUCGUUGCUUACAAGCGUAGUUUCCGAGAUCGCUUCAAGUCCAUGAUCGACCAAUAUGAGCUCCGCGAGUUGCACUUUCAUUCCCAGAUGCGCACCAAGGAACUCGAGGUCCAGUAUAACCUCGCCAGAUUUGAGCGCGAGAAGAAGAACUACGAGGCUGAGCUCACCCGGUCACGCCAGCUUAAUGCGCAGGUGCAAACAUUUUCCCAGACCGAAUCAGAACUGAGACACCAGCUUAACGUGUAUGUGGAGAAGUUCAAGCAGGUCGAGGAUACUCUGAACAACAGCAAUGAGUUGUUUAUGACUUUCCGCAAGGAAAUGGAGGACAUGUCCAAGAAGACCAAGAGGCUGGAGCGCGAGAACGAGACUCUGAAGCGGAAGCAUGACCAGGUCAACAGCAACAUCUUCAAGAUGGCCGAGGAACGUACCAAGAACCUUAGCGAGGUUGAGGAUUUGAAGAAGAAGGUGGACAAGCUGAAUGGCAUUAUCCGGCAGAUGCAGCAGCAGGGCCGUGGCAUUCCCCAGGGUCUCACCAACCCUGUUGAGAAUGGGUACGCGGAAGGCGACCUCGAGGGUGACGAGAGCGAGUAUGAGGAUGAGUACGACGAGGGCGAGGAAGAUGAGGAGGUCAGCGAUGAUGGGGACGAGUACGAUGAUGAGACCGAGGACGAGUCGCAGCAGCAGCAGCAGCAGCAGCAGCAGCCUCAGCCUUAUGGCCCCGAAAGACCUCCCCCUGCCCCCGCGGCCACCACUACCACUAACGGUCAUCGCUAGGGAGUAUGUCGGAUAGUGUGGCAGUGAAUUAUAUGCAUCUUUCAGCGGAACAAAAGUGCGAUUCUCCCCUCUCUACUUGCUGACUGACGUUGGUGAGCAGUAACUUUUGUACAGUGAUGAAUUGGUCCAUAUGCUGUGUCAGUAUGUUUGUACUGCCACUUGAAAUCGGUCCUGGCCGGGUCGAGUCAAAUAGUUUGUUUGGGUCUUUUGAGUUUGAUGAUAUCAUCAUGAGCAAGACUUGAGAGUUAUGCACCAACUCGACGCCAUAUCGUUCUAAACAUCUCGCAUUACUAUCAUUGCCCGGGCUUUAUGCAGAUAUAGAGCCGAACUACCCCACCAAAGCAUCACUUGCAUCAA